AUUUACUUCUCUUUCUUCACUCGUUUCCCUUUUUGACAUGGUGUCUGCAUUCCUGGCAGCCUUGUCGGCUUCUCUAGCCCUCCGACCGGUCCUUGGUGCAAUUUACACUGACCCGUCUGUGCUGCCUAAAACGCAGUACGACUAUGUCGUCGUCGGAGCGGGUAUUGGAGGAGGUGUCGUCGCGAGUCGGCUGGCAGAGGUGCCGGGGAACAAGGUACUGCUGAUCGAAGCCGGGUUCAGCCAUGAAGGGAUCGAAGAGAUCCAGGUUCCCUUCCUCUGCACAUCGCUGUCGCCGAACACGUUCUUGGACUGGAACUACACAACUACAGCGCAGGCGGGGCUGAACAACCGGGUUAUCCCCUACCCUCGUGGGCGUCUGCUGGGAGGGUCUUCGUCCACUAAUUGGAUGGUGUGGACCCGUGGAUCAGUCGAUGAUUAUAACCGUUACGCCAAGGUUUCUGGCGAUCCUGGAUGGUCUUGGGAUGCUCUCAAGCCAUACGUCAAGAAGCUGGAGAAGGUGGUCGCUCCAGCCGAUGGACACAACACUACGGGUCAAAUUGACCCGGCCGUCCAUGGCCAUACGGGUCCUCUUCAAAUCAGCGUUCAAGAAUUUCCGUCUCCCGUCGACAAGCAGACGAUCGAGACGACGAAGGAGCUGAGCGAGUUCCCGUUCGUUCUCGACAUGAACGCGGGCUAUCCUAUCGGCAUUGGUUGGUCACAAUACUCUAUCAGUAACGGAACACGCGACAGCUCUGCGACGGCCUACAUUGCGCCUGCGAUCGCGGCACACAAGAACUUCGACGUGCUGAUCAACGCGCAGGUGACCAAACUCCUGCAGACCGGGACCGAGGACAGCCUACCAGUCUUCAAGGGUGUGCAGUUCGCGCGCAACGCAAACAGCACCCUGUACUCCGUCAACGCGACGAAGGAGUUGGUCCUGUCUGCCGGGUCGGUCGCGACGCCGCAGCUGCUCAUGCUCUCGGGUAUCGGAAACAAGACUCACCUCGCGUCGGUUGGGAUCAAGGGCAUCGUGGACUUGCCGGACGUUGGCCAGCACAUGCAGGACCACCCGCUGCUCCCGAACGUGUGGUACGUGAACGACACGUACACGUAUGACGACGUCAUCCGGAACCAGACGCUGGCGGGUCUGGACAUGCAGACAUGGCGCGAAACUCGCAAAGGCCAGUUUUCAUCGCCGCCGCUCAGCCAGAUUGGGUGGUUCAGGCUGCCGGACAACGCCAGUAUCUUCCAGACGUACCCAGACCCCUCAGCAGGGAAGAACUCUGCGCACUUCGAGUUCAUUUUCAGCAGUGCUUUUAAUUCUGGAGUCGAGUCCAUGCCUUCUACGGGUCGAUUCUUGACUAUCACCUCCAACCUCAUGACGCCCGUCGCACGCGGCUCCAUCACGCUUGCGUCCUCUAAUCCGUUCGCGCUUCCGAUCGUUGACCCGGGCCUCCUGAACUCGCCCUUCGACAUCUUCCUCAUCCGCGAGGCGAUCAAGGCCGCGAAGCGCGUCGUCGCGGCGCCCGCGUGGAAAGGAUACGUUCUGGAGCCGUUCGGGCCACUUGCGACAGCGGAGACGGACGCGGAGAUCGAGGCGUACGCGCGUAGCCACACGUCGACGAUCUGGCACCCGACGAGCACGGCUUCGAUGUCGGCGUGGAACGCGACAGGUGGCGUCGUUAACCCCGACUUGACGGUGAAGAAGGUGCGAGGGCUGCGGAUCGUGGAUGCGAGUAUCUUGCCCUACGUCCCAUCGGCCCACCCUCAGGCCGCCAUAUACACCAUUGCCGAGCGCGCAGCUGACUUGAUCAAGGCGGCGGCGCAGACCAAGCGGGGAUCAACUCACCGUUGGGCUUGAAGAGACAUCGGAGCAUUGCGGUCAACCUAACAUAUUUCACCUAUUGUGCUAAUUGGGACCUCGCUGGGCAUUAUUUAUCACUCCACGGAGCGCAUACCUGCACAAUGUACCCCGACCCACGUCUAUCGUUCUUUUUGAUUUUUCGCUUUUUGUCGUAUUAUUAUUUUAAUAAUCACUUGUAUUUGCUGUACGUCUCAGUCGAUGCUGAUGGGUGAGGAAUCCAAACAUUCUGGGAUUGUCUCUAGCUACUUUACCUCCAUCGGGGGGUCGGG